UCCAUUUGGCCUAUUAGGGAUUUGACGUAGCGCUGUCACAAGAAAUAUCUGGGAAGAAAAUUCACCCACCGGGACGUCCAGUGCAGCUCUAGUUGGUAGUAACAUUAAUAAUGAGUGGAGUCAUUAAUUUUAAAAACUGCGGCUCGGUGCUGGUAACGGGGGCCAGUCGGGGGCUCGGGCUGCAGAUAGUCGACACCCUGGCGACUGGAGGAGCCUCACCCGGCAAGAUUAUAGCCACGACUAGAAACCCCGCCAGUGCGCAGACACUUCAGGAGCUGGCCGAGAAACAUCGCAACAUCCACAUAAUCACUAUGGAUGUCGUGAGCCAGGAGAGCAUAGAGAAGUGUGCAGAAGAGGUGCACCAGCUGGUACAAGAAGAGGGUCUGAACUGCCUGAUCAACAACGCAGGGAUCAAUGUGGUGGCUGACUUUCAUACUGUUACUGCAGAGAAGAUGAUUGAGAACUUCCACACGAAUGCUGUGGCUCCUCUAAUGAUCACCAAGGCCUUCCUGCCGCUGUUGAAGCAAGCUGCAUCCAGAGGUGGAGCAGGUGACGCUGGAAGCAUGGGCAUCCAGAGGGCAGCAGUCAUUAACAUGACCUCUCUGCUGGGCUCUGUGGAGCUCAACUGGGGGGAGAGGGCCAACAAUUUCAAAUGGUACCCCUACAGGACGUCCAAGAGUGCCCUAAACAUGGUGAGUCGCUGUAUGGCGACAGACCUGGAGUCUGACGGGAUUCUCUGCAUGGCCGUACAUCCCGGCUGGGUCCGCACUGACAUGGGGGGGUCUGCGGCUCCACUGAGUACAGAGGAGAGUAUUUCCUCUGUCUUGUCUGUGAUUGGUGGACUGACUGAGAAGGAUCACGGGUCAUUCUUGAACUUUACAGGAGAGCCGAUACCUUGGUGACCCUGAUCACCACAGUAGAAAGUACGGUGAUUAUGUGUUCUAUUAACUGACCUGAAUGACAGUUUAGUGACUUAUGAUUAACUUCAACUAAGCAAAGAUGAAUGCUUCAGUGACUCAGAGCGCACAGUGUUAAAUCAAACUUUAGUUCUAAAAGUUUUGCACAUUUCAGCUAAAUACAAAGUAAAUAUAGAAGAGCAAUCAUAUGUAAUUAUUAUGAAGGGAUUGCUGGUUUUUCUAAGUAGAUGGGUGGGGUUUGGUGUGCAGCUUGUUUUUUUAAGAUGCCAUACUAUACCUACAGUAAACUGCAUCUGAGCUGUGUUCAAAUGUAAAUCUAUAAAGUUUAUAUUUACAUAAUCUAAUAAUACAUCAAAGUUAUUGUACCAGCAAAAUAGACAAAACUGAGUUGAGAAAAUCAUAACAGGAAACAUUGUUAUUUGCUUGUUGCUGAAGUGUUACGGCGACACAUUUGCCACAAAGAGUAUCACCCUAAAACAACAGUAUUAUAAUCUGGUGUUAAUCCAUACAGAUUUUUUCCCCCUCUGGUCCAACAUUGUGUAUGUGGUCCUCAAAUACUAGAAAGUUACUUUUAAAAUGCAAACUGUUAGAGAUGGAUGGUCAGUUACUUGUUAAAGUUGUCUCAUUGCUUUGUUUUACCUGUCAGUCAGUAGAGAAGCAUAUGUACAGUAUAUCAAGUUUGUGUCUAAGAAAAGUGAAGAGACUCAUGGGCAGUGAACUCUUCCAAAAGUUUAAAGCACAAACUAAGAAUAUAAUAUAUUACUGUACUAAACUCCACUAGUUUACCAUGUUUGCACUCAUUUAAACUGCUGUUGCUGCACAAUAUAUCAGCUAAGUUUAAGCAUAGCUAAUGUAGAAAUGUGUUGAAUAUUUUUGAGCUCAUUACUGUUUUAAGUGUUAUUGUUAUAAAACAUAAUAAAGGUU